AUGCCACCAAAAACUCCAUCAAAAGGCUCAAAAAAAGCCGUUACAAAGACAACCAAAGGUUCAUCGGGUGCCAAAGGCUCUGAUAAAAAAGCUAGACGUCGACGAAAGGAAACCUAUUCAAUUUACAUCUACAAAGUACUUAAACAAGUUCAUCCUGAUACAGGUAUUUCAUCGAAAGCAAUGUCAAUUAUGAAUUCAUUCGUUAAUGACAUCUUUGAACGUAUUGCUGCUGAAUCCAGUCGUUUAUCUCAUUACAAUAAACGAUCAACAAUCAGCAGUCGAGAAAUUCAAACAGCUGUUCGACUCUUAUUGCCUGGUGAACUUGCUAAACAUGCUGUAUCUGAAGGUACUAAAGCUGUUACAAAAUACACAAGUGCUAAGUAA